UGUUGUGUAUCCCAUGCCUGGAGAAGAACAGUGGACAAAAACAAACGGCGAGCAUGUAGACCCACCAAUGAGUAGAAUACAACCUGGGAGGCCGAGAACAGUAAGGACUAGAGGACCAGACGAGCCCAGGAAUCAAUACAGGAUAAGGAAGGGUGGGGUUGUCAUGAGAUGUCAAAGAUGCAAGGUGAUUGGACACAAUGUAAGAACAUGCCCCCGUAUAAGAACAGAAGCAGUGAAUUAUAGAGGACAGUCUAGUAGUGAGGUACAAUCUGCAGUUGAUAGUGAAUCGAAUCCCCAAUCUACAUUUGAUACUGAACCGGUAGCUUUCAAUACUCUCACUACUUUUUUGGAAUUUUUCACUACUUUUGACACUAAUACUCAAAACUCUUAACUACAUUUUGCAGCCCUCAAUUCCCCCUAAUAUUCCCCCUAGUACCCCACAAGCCACUGUUGCAUCGUCUAGAGGUAGAGGUAGAGGUAGGGGGAUGGGUAUGAGUAGGGGUAGGGGUAGGGGUAGCAGGGCUAUUGGUAGGGGCAGGGGUAUGGGUCCACCAAUCCCACCAGGGCUUACAGCUUCAAGGGUUUCAG